GCCCGGCCCGGCUCCCCUAGCGCAUGCUGCCCUCCGCGCAGGCAGCCAUGCGGCCCGUCGGGGUGCUGCUCGCCUUCUGCUGCCUGGUCCCGUGCACUACCGGGGGCCCUUCGCGAGAUUUUUGUUCCCAGAUCCUUAACCCAGAUGUGAAGCCAGGAUUUCCCAAAACAAUAAACCCCCACGACCCAGGAGUCCUCCAAGCAGCCAGACACAGCGUUGAAAGGUUCAACAACUGUACAAAUGACAUCUUCUUGUUCAAGGAGUCCCACAUCAGCAAAGCCCUGGUCCAGAUCGUGAAGGGCCUGAAGUACAUGCUGCACAUGAAGAUUGGCAGAACUUCUUGCAAGAAGACCCAGCACCGUAUUCUAGACAACUGUGACUUCCAGACCAACCAUACCUUAAAAAGGACUUUCAGUUGCUACACGGAAGUUUGGGUCAUCCCCUGGCUCCAGAGGUUCAAGGUGCCCGUUCUCCGCUGUCGCUGACUUCCGCCUCUCAGCAACACUGCACUCCUGCUCUUUACUGCAUGCGGUCACAGCCCCGCCCUGGCUGUCACAGGCCCUGGGACCUUCCGACGCAGUGGCUCACCAGUGAGCCGAAACGGAAGUGCCCGUGGGCUCAUCACAGAGUAGCCAGGGUGGAAGAAUGAUACUGCCCGUGGUUAGAGUAUGUAUUUCGCAUUUUCUUCUAACCUAACUAAUUUUACCGAUGCUCUGAUGGUAAUUAUUCAGGUUCUGGACCUCUGAGCGAGCCCCCUCCGUCCCCUCCCACCUGAUUACCUGGUGGUCCCACAUCCAGCAGUGAAAGCCCAGAGAUCCGUCCCUUUGGCCAAAUAAUGGUUACAGCCCUGGGCAGGGGGACAAGUCCGCUACUGUGCAUCUUGACCUUUUGUGCAUGAAUAAAACUAUGAAUAAAUAUGAAUAAAGAACUGACCAUCUCAAAGCAACACCUGUUGCUUUACCUGUUAAAGGGACAGUCAGGAAGGUGAGGUGAAUGUUGUGAGAGGUCCCUCUCACUGAGUGGUCUGAUGAGUCUAGUGACUUCCAUAAAGCCCCUUGGAGGCUUCUCUGGCCUUUCACUGCCAGCUAAACUAUACUGAAGACCAGAGGAGCUGGAAACAGGCCAGCCUGUGUCCACAUCAUGAACUGGCAGGGCAGACAGCACCCCACUUUGGAGGGCGCUCACCCUCCAGCUGGGCUUUCUUCUGACCAGGAGUCAUACAUCCAAGUUCUUGGUGGACUUGAUAAUUCAUAGGAAACAAAAUCUGCAUUAAAAACGUAUGACAAUUUAGUAUGCAGUUGUAAACUUGAUCACUAUGUACAACCAAAAUGAAUUACCCUUUGGCUUCCUUCAGUGAGGAGAGAUCUUUAAUUUCCAAAUCCUCAUUCAUUUUUGCUGGCUCGCCUCCUUCUGGUCAUUUAAUUCAGGGACAGUGGUGGCAACUAUGCCACAAGAUAAUUUAUUUGAUGAUUCUAAAGGCCACGUUUUCAUCAAGUGUGAUUCUGAAGGCCACCCUUUUCGUCAAGCCUUGCAGUGCUUGGCCACGGACAUGCCCAGGAGCUUACAGACAGAGAUGGGCAUCACUCAGAGAAGACAGGCCCCCAGCCGCCCUGCUCCAGUAGGCCUGGCUUGGAAUGCAGAGCCUCUCGCUUUGGAUUUCCUCCUCUCCAGGCCUCUUCAAACUAUAGAUUAGUAAAAAAUACACUGUUGCCUUUAAAAAAAAUAUGGACUUGGGGCACCUGGGUGGCUCAGUCA